AUGAGUUUUAAUCUAACUGUUGAACAAGGAUCGAUGGCGCAUUCUCGUUUCCGAGAUCCUAAAGUGAAAGAAACCGAUAAUGUGGGCACAUCUGAAAUCGCCGUGUUUUCACCCAAAUCUUCAUACAAAGAAGACGAUGGAGACGCAAAUCAGGAUCCCGAAGCAGGAAAUUACAGGUUACAGUAUUCGUAUCUAUCUCAAAGAGGCUACUACCCUCACGCCCUUGAUAAAGCCAAUCAAGAUAGUUUUUGCAUUCACACGCCAUUUGGAUCAAACCCUAAUGACCAUUUCUUUGGGGUUUUUGAUGGACAUGGUGAAUAUGGUACUCAAUGUUCUAAAUUCGUGAAGCAAAAGUUAUGUGAAAAUCUCCUCAGAAACAGUCGAUUUCAUGUGGACGCUGUUGAAGCCUGCCAUGCUACUUUUUUAACAACAAAUUCUCAACUACAUGCAAACAAUAAUGUAGAUGAUAACAUGAGUGGGACAACAGCCAUUACUGUUUUAGUUCGUGGGAAGACACUUUAUGUUGCUAAUUCAAGCAAUUCAAAAGCUAUUAUAGCUGAAAAAAGAGGGAUAGAAAUUGUGGCAGUUGAUUUGUCAAUAGAUCAAACUCCAUUUAGAGAAGAUGAGCUUAAAAGGGUUUAG